AAGAUGGCGGCGCCGGGGGCGCUGCCUCCUCGGCCGCCGCCGCCGCCGCUGUGAGGGGCCUGCGGGCCGCCCGCCCGCCCGCUGCGCCGGCGCCAUGAAGAGGCAGAGCGAGCGAGACUCGAGCCCAAGCGGGCGCGGCUCGUCAUCGUCGGCCAAGCGGCCGCGGGAGCGCGAACGGGAGGCGGAGGCGGGCGGGCGGCGGGCAGCGCACAAGGCCUCGGGCGGCGCCAAGCAUCCCGUUCCAACGCGGGCCCGCGACAAACCCCGCGGGAGCGGGGGCGGCGGGGGUGGGCAUCGCGACGGCCGCGGCGCCGGGGACGCGAAUCACCGUGCGAGCAGCGGCCGCUCCUCGGGCUCGGGCGCCGGCGGCGGGGGACGCGGCGGCAAGGCCUCCGGGGACCCAGGCGCUUCAGGUGCUUCGCCCCGCGCGUCUCCGCUGCCGCCACCUCCGCCGCCGCCCGGGACCGAGCCCGCGGGUCCCGGCUCGUCGGCGGCCGCACCUGAGUACAAGACGCUGCUCAUCAGCAGCCUGAGCCCUGCGCUGCCCGCCGAGCACCUCGAGGACCGGCUCUUCCAUCAGUUCAAGCGCUUCGGUGAGAUCAGCCUGCGCCUGUCGCACACGCCAGAGCUGGGCCGCGUGGCCUACGUGAACUUCCGGCAUCCGCAGGACGCACGCGAGGCCCGCCAGCACGCCCUGGCCCGCCAGCUGCUGCUCUACGACCGGCCGCUCAAGGUGGAGCCCGUGUACCUGCGCGGCGGCGGCGGCGGCAGUGGUGGCGGCGGUGGGAGCAGCCGGCGAAGCAGCAGCAGCAGCGCUGCCGCCUCCACGCCGCCCCCAGGUCCCCCCGCCCCCGCGGACCCGCUAGGCUACCUGCCACUGCACAGUGGCUACCAAUAUAAGCAGCGCUCGCUGUCCCCCGUAGCCGCCCCGCCGCUGCGGGAGCCCCGUGCUCGCCACGCCGCCGCAGCCUUUGCCCUGGAUGCUGCCGCCGCUGCCGCAGUGGGACUAUCCCGGGAGCGGGCCCUGGACUACUACGGGCUUUACGACGAUCGCGGGCGUCCCUACGGCUACCCGGCCGUGUGCGAGGAGGACCUGAUGCCUGAGGACGACCAGCGCGCCACGCGCAACCUCUUCAUCGGGAACCUGGACCACAGCGUGUCUGAGGUGGAGUUGCGGCGGGCCUUCGAGAAGUACGGCAUCAUCGAGGAGGUGGUCAUCAAGAGACCUGCCCGUGGCCAGGGCGGUGCGUAUGCCUUCCUCAAGUUCCAGAACUUAGACAUGGCCCACAGGGCUAAGGUGGCCAUGUCAGGCCGGGUGAUUGGCCGCAACCCCAUUAAGAUAGGCUAUGGCAAGGCCAACCCCACCACUCGCCUCUGGGUGGGUGGCCUGGGACCUAACACCUCACUGGCCGCUCUGGCUCGGGAGUUUGAUCGCUUUGGGAGCAUUCGAACCAUUGAUCACGUCAAGGGAGAUAGCUUUGCUUACAUCCAGUAUGAGAGCUUGGAUGCAGCCCAGGCUGCCUGUGCAAAAAUGAGGGGCUUUCCCUUGGGUGGUCCAGACCGAAGGCUGCGCGUGGAUUUUGCCAAAGCAGAGGAGACUCGAUAUCCCCAGCAGUACCAGCCCUCACCCCUCCCCGUGCAUUAUGAGCUGGUGCCAGAUGGAUAUACCCGGCACCGAAACCUGGAUGCUGACCUGCGGGUGCGGGAUAGGACCCCCCCACACCUCCUGUACUCAGACCGAGACCGGACCUUUUUGGAAGGGGACUGGACCAGCCCUAGUAAAAGCUCUGACCGGCGAAACAGCUUGGAGGGCUACAGCCGCUCGGUGCGCAGCCGGAGUGGAGAACGCUGGGGAGAUGGGGACCGGGGCCUGCCCAAGCCCUGGGAGGAGAGGCGGAAGCGGAGGAGCCUUUCCAGUGACCGCGGGAGGACAACCCACUCCCCUUACGAGGAACGGAGCAGGACCAAGGGUGGUGGGCAGCAGGUGGACCGGGGCUCUGAUCGCACUCCUGAGCGCAGCCGUAAGGAGAACCACGCCAGUGACGGGACCAAGGAGUCAAGCAGCAAUUCUCUCAGCAACAGCAGACAUGGGGCUGAGGAGCGGAGUCACCACCACCACCAUGAGGCUCCAGACUCUUCCCACGGGAAGAAGACACGAGAGAGCGAGCGCAAUCAUCGGACCUCUGAGGCUGAGCCCAAGCCUCUGGAAGAGCCAAAACACGAGACCAAAAAGCUCAAGAAUCUUUCUGAGUAUGCCCAGACACUGCAGCUGGGUUGGAAUGGGCUCCUAGUGUUGAAAAACAGUUGCUUCCCGACAUCUAUGCACAUCCUAGAGGGGGACCAAGGGGUUAUCACUGGCCUCCUCAAAGAUCACACUUCUGGGAGCAAGCUGACCCAGUUGAAGAUCGCCCAGCGCCUGCGACUGGACCAGCCCAAGCUCGAUGAGGUCACACGGCGCAUCAAGCAGGGGAGCCCCAAUGGCUAUGCAGUGCUUCUAGCCACCCAGGCAACCCCCAGCGGGCCUGGCACUGAGGGGAUGCCCACGGUGGAGCCAGGCCUACAGAGGCGGCUUCUCAGGAACCUGGUCUCCUACUUGAAACAGAAGCAGGCCGCGGGGGUGAUCAGCCUGCCGGUGGGUGGUUCCAAGGGCAGAGACAGCACGGGCAUGCUCUAUGCCUUCCCGCCCUGUGACUUUUCACAGCAGUACCUCCAGUCAGCACUGAGGACAUUGGGCAAGCUAGAAGAAGAACACAUGGUGAUAGUUAUAGUAAGAGACACUGCCUAGCCCAGACCUGUUUCCAGCUCCGCAUUUGUGUCACAAAAGCAGUCAUUUUAAAAUCUGAUUCCCCACCUCCUACUCCCUUGGUUUGAGUUCUCUGCUGGGUUAUUUUGGUUCAUUUGGUGGGGGACGAGAGUCCUGACCCCUACCAACACUAAGUUCUUAGAUUUUUGAGGGUUUUUUUACAGCGAUGAGCAAAGGGACUCCUGUCACAUUGAUUUCUAGUGUACAAGAUACUGUCUGCUGUGUUCUGUAUUUUUUUAUUUUUUAACUAACUGUACGGAAAGUUGUCAGUAAAGCCUUUGUCAGAGGAUGGAUUUUUAAUCCUG